UUUGUACCACUCCUCCGGACGAGCAUCGCCAUCGACAUGCUCCACCAGCAGUGUCGGAACGGGCGCAACUUCCUUCACGAGAACCGACUGGUGAUGCGCUACCCACUGGCCGUUCCAGUGGCUCAGCCGUCGGUAAGGCACAACUACGAGAUGCCCACGGCGGCCUCGCUGGCCAGGCGCUCGACGCCCACCCACAACAGCGCUCUGGGCGAGCGGUCUAGGCGCACGGCACUUCCUCGCACAUCCACAGCCAGCGCCACCGCCAACGCCUCGUCGGAGAAGCAAAUCCAGACGGACGACAUAUGCGACGAGCUGUUUCUCAGCGCGGCCCUGCUCAAGUGUACCGAGCACGGGCAGUCGCGGGCCACGCAAAGUGAGGGCGACGAGUGCAGCCCCCCUCUAGCUGUGGGCCUGAAGCACAGCGCCGGCGGGUGUCUGCGACGCGCCACAUCCAACUUUGAAUUGGGCAGAGUGGCCGAGCAACGCGCUGGCUACCAGUCUGGUGGUCAGCACACACUGCACCGGCUGUUAGGCGGCGCUGCCAGCACUCUGCCCGCAUCCGAACUGGACCCGAUGGACGACAGCUGGACAUCAGAUCAGCCGCGCCUGACGCCCCGCAACGAAAAUGCUGUGGAUGGAUCAUCCUUGAGCUCAAGUCGCUCCUCGCUGGCGAGAUCGCCACCUGCACCUGUACGCCAGGUGGCCAUACCGGAAAUCACAGACGUGAACCAGGAGGACACCCUCAGCGCACGCUCCCAGGCCUCCAGGUGCAGUGAGCCUUCCUCUGGCCCUGGUGCUCCGUCACAGGCUGAGCGCGAGUCGAAUACGAAUUUGGAGACGGAAGAAGAGCAGCAGCAGCCGCCGCCGGAGCAGGAGUUGGAGCAUCGAAUCCUGCUGUCAGAGGCCCAGCGGAUAGAGCUGAUCAAAAAGACACGUGUCCUGCGAAGCCUGCUGAUCGCCGAGUGGAAUCGCUUGCCCCUCUCCAUGUUUACGCUUCGUGUGCGCAACCUGAAGCAUCAACUGGAGCAAAAGCUCGACAUGGUGGACAAAGAUCUGAGCGUGCUCUCCCAGCAGAGGGUGUACGCCAAGCAGGCCAGCUCGGACUCAUAUCAUAGGUUCUUCUAUUCAACGAAAUCUGAAACAAAUUAUGAUGAACAUAAAUAAAUAUGCAAUUUAUAACAAUGAGUCCUGGAUA